AUGGCGACUCAAGACCACCAUGCCGAGGCCAUAGCAUGGCUUGAGGAUUUUCAUAAACACAUGGAUGCCAUGGACCCCAACCUCGCAAUUCCCAAAUUCUACACCGAUGACUGCGUUCUGAGGUUUGCCAAAAACCCGGCAAUUAGUGGUAAAUCCAGUAUUAUCGACUUCUUCAACAGCCAGUUUCCGCAUUUGGAGAGCAUGAAGCACACCAUCAAACACGUGGACGUUCUCCCGGAUCGGAUAUAUCAGGAAGCUGAUAUCCGGUACGUGGUCAAGGGGGAUCCGGAAAGAAAGGAAAUUCCGGUCACUGGCUUGGCUGUGUUUGGAAGGAAGUUAGGAGAUGAGAAGAUGAGUUUCUUUACGGUGUAUUUGGAUCCGACGGAGUUGAAAGAAAGAAUCAUGGCCGUUGCAGAGGGGUUGAUUUGA